CGCUCCUCGUCAUUACACGCACCACAGCCAGCAGUAAACAGUGGGAGGAGGCAAGAAAGGCUCGGAUGUGCCCAUCAUCAUCAUCAUCAUCAUCAUCAUCAUCAUCUGUUAGUUCUGAUCGAUAGGCCCGAUCCGUUCAGGAGGCUGCAGGGGUGUUUCAGGACCAGGCCGGACCGGAACCAACACCCUGUACCGAGUACACAUCGACCUCUGCUGCACCGACUACUUGACUGACUGUGCGCCCCGGUGUCACCAUGUGCUCCUCGACCACAUCUGCCGCUCUGCUGUGUCUGCUGGCGGGGGCUGUGGCCGCCAUUCAGACCCCCCAGACAGUGUUCUUGGACAAGCAGCAGGCGAGCUCGGUGAUCUUCCGUCCUAAGAGGAACCUCGAUGCCGGUAACCCACCCACCCUGGAGCAGGUGUGCAUGGAGAAGGUGUGCACCUACGAGCAGGCCAGAAGCAUCUUCAAGGACUCGUACCGCACGGAUAUCUUCUGGGCCGUCUAUGUGGACGGAGACCAGUGCGCAGAGAAGCCCUGCAAGAAUGGAGCCAUGUGUUCGGACAGCGUGGGAGGCUACGACUGCGUCUGCAAGUCGGGUUUCUCGGGCGUCCACUGCGAGAAAGAUGAGACCGUGUGCACCCUGGAAAAGAACAAAGGCUGCACACAGUUCUGUAAACCGGGCUACACGUCCUACGAGUGCUCCUGCGCCUGGGGAUGGAGGCUCAGCACUCAGGACAGGAAUAAGUGCGAGCCUGCAGUGUCGUUCCCCUGUGGAAAGAUCACUGGGUCGAGUCGGUGGGAGGAAAGACUGUCCAGCAACAUGCGCAGCAACUUUCAAGGACUACAGUGUAAUCCUUCAGAAUGUCCCUGGCAGGCUCUCCUGACGAGUUCAGAGUCCACAGGUUAUUGUAGCGGAGUCAUUCUGAAGGAGAACCUGGUCCUGACUUCAGCUCAGUGUGCUAACAAAUACACCUCUUUCAGCGUGGCUGUCGGCAAACGCAGCACCGGCUAUGAAAGCGGACAGCAGACGCUGCCUGUCAAAGAGAAAAGUGUCCACCCGCGCUAUGUGGAAGGCCGCCCUGAAUACGACCUGGCUGCGCUUGUGCUUGACGGCAGAAUCAUUUUUAAGAAAGACGUGGUUGCUGCGUGUCUGCCAGAAAAAAGCUUUGCAGAGAGCGUCCUGAUGUCUGGGGAGUACUCGACCGUCAUCACUGGCUGGAAAGAAACCCCGCAGGCCGCUUCCUUCGGGGGCCCGCUCAUGUUCAACCAGCUGGCGUACGACAGCCUGUCGCAGUGUCUGGAGCGUCACCCCGACCUCAUGACCAAUAAGAUGGGCUGCACCACUCCCCGGUCCAAUGCCGACUGCGGCAUGAACUCCGGCAGCCCCCUGCUCACCUUGUACAGGAAUGUGUUCUUCCUCACUGGGGUGGUCAGCCAGCCGACAGGGGCCGACUGCACUAACGGAUUCAUCUUUCAGAAAGUGUCUCGCAAUCUUGGCUGGCUGCGCCCGCUCAUGGGUUCACGUUAGGUGGGGGUUAGAGCACGGAGGUUAUUGGCUAUUGAAAAUGCAGGUAGCUAUAUCCUAAAUGCAGGGAAUCAGACAAACAUUUUCUUUGUGCACUUGUUGCUGAACCUUUUGCUCGUCUUUUAACAUUAAUGGAGCAAUGAUAUAGUCUCGAUCCAGGUGAUUGCUUCCCAUUUGUUUCUGUGGACUUCCUCAUGUAUCCACAAGGUGGCUCUCUGUUAACAUUAAUAUAGAAGCAGUUGCUGAAUGUAUCUACCAACCAGAGGGUCAGAGGCCGCGGGAGAGGUGCAGUGAAUUAUUCAGCAUGUGUUUUGUGACGUGAACAUACCAUUUAAUAACCUUUAAGUGAUGUUAAUUUUAGCGACUACUGUACUGGUUGAUAUACAUCUUGUAACACUCCAGGUAAUCACUGUAAUAAAUGUAAUAAACUCUAAUACCACACCUGA